GUCAGUCAUCCAUCACUGGAAUUCGCCGCACCGCUGCUACGGAGAACGUUCGGUCCCUGACAAAGGUCGCCCAGACGCGUAGGUAUUUCUUGCCGAUGACUGCGCAGAAGGACUUGCUGCGAGCACCCAUGGACUAAAUUCAGUGACGCAAAGACUACCAGGGGCAGCUGGACUAUCUGCUGGCCACCUGCAUCGAGCGUGAUGGGGCGACCGCGCAGGGCCCCGGGCUCAGGCCAGCACGCAGCCAUGGCGGCAGGGCCCGUGCGCCCGCUGCUCAAGCGCACCGACACCGAGCUCAGCAUCGACCAGAGCGGCCUGCAGAGGUUCCUGCCGCGCCGGUUCCGGUUUCUGUUCGCGGACGCCCAGGCCGAGAGCCUGUACAGGGACUACUACCGCACCCAGAAGUGGCUCGACUUCAAGGCAUGGCAGGCGGCGGCCGUGCUGUGCUGUCUGGCGCUCGCUGCCGUCGCGCUGCCGUUCUGGCUGGUGAAGGCCCCGCACUGGAGCGGGCCGGCCCUGCUCGGAGGACAGGGGGUAGCCCUCGUUGUGCUUCAAGUGGUGGCUUGGAGGUGGCCGGGGGGACAGUGGGCAGCGCUGCCGGCGGUCUUGGUGCAGCUGCUGCAGGGCUGCUGCGCUGCCCUGCUCAUACCGGAGGCGACGCGCUCCGAAGAUGCACUGCCUUGGCUACUGCUCUACUCAUUCGCGGCCCACGCCAUGCUUCCGUGGCGCGUGCUGCCAGCACUGGCGGCUUCCGGCACCCUGCUCAUCGCCCAGCUGGCCUUGUGGCAGGGCCGGCCACCCCUCGCGUCCGUCGCCCUGCUGGUGGGCGCCAACCUGCUCGGCCUGCUUGCCUUCCUGUGGACGGAGCGUCUGCAGCGGCGAGCUUUUCUCGAGACGCGCCAGUCCCUCGAGGCCAAGCUGGUCGUCGAGGAAGAGUCUCAAGAGCAAGAGAGACUCCUGCUGUCCGUGCUCCCCAAGCACGUGGCGGCCGAGCUCAAGCAGGACCUGGACGCCGUCGUGCAGGGUCCCUUCAAGAAGAUCUACAUGAGUCGGCACGAAAACGUGAGCAUCUUGUUCGCCGACAUCGUGGGCUUCACGGCCUUCUCGUCCACCUGUCCCGCCCCGGAGCUGGUACGGACUCUCAACGAGCUGUUCGCCCGCUUCGACAAGCUCUCAGACAAGUUCCACCAGCUCCGCAUCAAGAUCCUGGGCGACUGUUACUACUGCAUCAGCGGGGCCCCAGAGGAACGUCCGGACCACGCCGUGCUCUGCGUGCACAUGGGGCUGAGCAUGGUCGAGGCCAUCCGCUCCGUCCGGGAGCAGACCAAGUCCGGAGUGGACAUGCGCGUGGGCAUCCACACGGGCGCCAUCUUGGCCGGCGUGCUGGGCCAGAGGCAGUGGCAGUUCGACGUCUACAGCAAGGACGUCGUGCUCGCAAACAAGAUGGAGAGUGGUGGCCUGCCAGGGCGGGUGCACAUCUCGGAGAAGACCCUGGCCUUCCUCAACGGAGAGUUCCAGGUCGGCCCAGGAGACGGGGGAUCCCGGGAGGAAGCCCUGCGCCUGGCAGGCAUCCAGACCUACUUCAUCACCGAGGUUCUCAAACCGUACCCUCAGGGCACGCUGGAUCAGAACAGGAAGCUGGAAGACGGCACUGCCGGGGGAAAUUCCUCGGGACCGCAGGGUGACUCCGACGAAGAGGAGUACCGUCGGAGGCUGCACCGAGAGCUGCUCGAAAGGGACACCGAAAAGGAACUCCGCGAGCACGCAAACCCGCUCAGCCUGUGCUUCCGCGACAACGAACUGGAGCGCCAAUAUGGCGGAACCUGCGACGUCAGCUGUUGCAUCUCCGUAGCCGCCUGGCCCCUGGUGGCCCUGUGCUCGGCGGCGGCCUACCCGCUCGGUCACGUGACUGCCUUGGGCUCCUACAUGGCCGGCCUGGUGGCACUACUGGCCCUGGCUGCGGCCUGCCUUCUUCCAUUCCUCGCACAGACAGCACCUCGUCCGGCGUCUAUGCUGUCUUCAGCUGUGCAGAGAAGAACCUGGGCCCGACUCCUGGUCGCUCUGCUGGCCGUCCUCCUCUGGGCUGCCAUGCACUUGGCCACAACGCUCCUGGGGGCCUCUGAAGAGCCCGAGCUCGGGAGGACCGCGCGUCACACGACAAGCGUGGCGGUGCUCGCCCUGCUGGCCGUGGCCGUCCUCGUCCGGCUCAGCUACCUCACCAAGCUCGCCUUCCUGUUGCUCAUAACGGCGCUGCAGUGCGCCGUCAACCAGGUCGGGCCCAUUCUGACGCAGUUCCUGGCCGCGAUGCCUCGGGCACCGCUGACUCACGGCGACGCGCAGAGCAUCUACCUGGCCGUCAUUGCUCUGGCGCUGGCCCUCGUCUCCAGACAGCUGGAGGUAACGUCCCGGCGGCUGUUCCUGUGGCGCAAGGACGUCGAGGAGCAGAAGGAGAAGGUGGCCGACAUGAGGCGCAAAAACGAGGCCCUCGUCUACAACGUGCUGCCGCUGCACGUGGCCAAGCACUUCCUCGGACGACGGAGGCACGACGACGAGUUGUACAGCAAGAGCCACGAGUCCGUGGGCGUGCUGUUCGCGGCCAUGCCCAACUUCUCGGACUUCUACACGGAGGAGUCCGUGAACAACCAGGGCCUGGAGUGCCUUCGCUUCCUCAACGAGGUCAUCUCCGACUUCGACGCGCUUCUGGAACAGCCUCGUUUCAAGGACAUCCUAAAGAUCAAGACCAUCGGGUCCAGCUACAUGGCGGCCAGCGGUCUCAGUAAAGAAGACGAGCCGGCUGGCGCCAGCCUGCAGGAUCGCUGGGGCCACCUGGCACAGCUGACGGAUUUCGCGCUUGCUCUCAAGGACACGCUGAACAACAUCAACCGGGAGAGCUUCAACAACUUCGUCCUCAAGAUGGGCAUCAACCAUGGUCCCAUCACGUCAGGGGUCAUCGGGGCACGCAAGCCCCAUUUCGACAUCUGGGGAAACACAGUCAAUGUGGCCAGCCGCAUGGAAAGCACGGGCAAGGCAGGGAACAUUCAGGUGGUGAAGGAGACGGCGGACAUCCUGGAGGCGUUUGGCUUCAGCCUGGAGCAGAGGGGCCUGGUGUCCGUCAAGGGCAAGGGCAUGCUCAUGACCUUCUACCUCCUGGGCAGGCGGGGCAGCGUGCGCACCAACCCACUGGCCGACGACGACGUCGCCACCGCCCUCCCCAACGGGGCACCCCACCCCGCGGGGCCGGACCCCGCAAGCCCCAGCUGAGGGGCUUAGGCCCCACGCUCACUCUCUCGCGUCACGGGGCUGCUUCCCGGUGCUACUGACCCCGCAGCUCUGUGGGCCCCCCCCAAGAUCCGGGGCCUGCCCCAAAGAGGUGCCAGGUCCCCCAACGGGGACAGCAAGAAGACCCCCCCGACCCUUUCCGCAAUGACGGCAGCAAGCAGUGCCGCAUCCGGCGGAAGGGCGCUCCGACGGGGGGCACAGCCUGGCACCCCCGUCUCCCUUCUUCUGCUCUAGGCAGCCACGUCGUCAAAAGCGUCAAAGUACCGCCCGGAGAAAUGCCUUCGGCCCCAGCAGCCCAAAAGUGUUUGCACAGACACAACACUAUGCAAAGCAAGGAACCCCCCUCGUCGCCCUCCCCCACCUCCCUCUAGCAGGUUCGAAAAUAAAGGCUUGGUGUCCUCUUC